GAAACUGCGUUGGUGUGCACAGAACUUGUAGUGCGAGUCACGUGAAGUAGUUGUUGUGAGGAGUGGCAUUCCAUCAUUUAUAGAUCGGAACAUUUCAUUCCGAAAACGAUACAAUAGUUCAAAAAAAGAUGCGCUAUUCAUCUAUUUAUCUAGUCGUCACUGUUCUCGGAUAACUUGAAGAUACUAUUUUAAAAUGUGUCCUGUGCAACGUGGGAAAUUAUAGGAUGAUUAGGAGUUACGAAGAAGAUGAGUUUAUUGCAGUGCGGGUCCAAGACCCUCGCGUCCAGAAUCAAGGCUCUUGGAAUUCGUAUGUGGACUUCAAGAUAUUCCUCCAUACCAACAGCAAGGCCUUCACCGCCAAGACGUCGUGCGUGCGCAGGCGUUACAGCGAGUUUGUCUGGCUCAAAAAGAAGAUGCAAAAGAACUGUGGCUUGGUGCAGGUCCCAGACCUACCCAGCAAAUCCUAUUUCUCCUUCAUAAAUGAGGACUUCUUAGAGAAGAGGAGACAAGGCUUGCAGUCCUUCCUGGACAAAGUACUGCACAUGACAGUGUGCCUGUCAGACAGCCAGCUUCAUCUGUUCCUGCAGACCCAGCUGCCAAUAGGCCACAUUCAGGACUGUGUGCAGGGCCACACUCCCUACACUGUGACUGAUGCCAUCCUCACCUAUGCAUCGUCCAAUCAAGGCUGGGCCCAGGAGGAGGAUGUGAUCCCAGAGAGGACUUCGACCCCUGUGCCUUACGAGUCCAUGGAGAGUCCUGCUCCUCACCUGCCGACCUUGCCCAGUGAAGUGCUCCCCAACCCUGUGUCGCUGACGUCCCCUGACCCAGAGGGUGUUCACACCGACGAGUCCAUCGGUGUUCUCCAUGACACAGACACUGGGCUGUUACAGAGCACCUCGCCUUCCUUAAUCGCCCUCCAGGAGGACAGCCGCCUGGAGAUGCACUGCCCAGUGGAGGUCACCCCUGCUGGGGACCACCAGGAGGACUGUCGACGGCAAACAUCUGUUGAAGUACACUGUUUAGAAGGUGUUGAGGAGGAGUGUCUGGUGGUUGUGGAGAAAGUGCUUAAGGGAGAACACUUUGAAGAGAGGAUUCCACACACACACAGUACCUGUGAGCCGGUCUGCCAUCAGGUGGAAUGUCCAGGGCAGACUCUUGAGACGGCAGUUGGAGAGCAAGCCCGCCAUGUGACGUGUACUCAGGUAGAUGACACACUCCAGGAGCCCAGCUCAGGAGAAGACGCCCACGAACCCGGGCAACAGGACGACGGCGGGGAACACCUUCACGAGGCAGAUCCCCACACAGAGACCCAUCACGAGGAAGACCACCACGUGGAGACUGCCUUAGAGCCCCAGAAUGGUCAGAAGGCAACCCAAGAGAACAACAUUGUAGAGGUUGAUGUUGAUGAGGCCGACAGCGACGAAGAGAUAGAACUCCUUCAGGAGUCGGACCUCGAUAGGCAGAGUCAAAGAGAGACAUCAUCUGAGGAGAGUAGUGUUGGGGAUAUGAUGAUUGGUGAUGCCAACCAUGUGGAGCUGAGCAUUGGGACUAAUGGGUUCCAGGAAACAGAACCAGAGGAUGAGCACAGACAGCACAGCACAGACAGCACAGAUGUGGUGUAUCGCAGCACAGACUUUAGAGAGAAAGCUACUGACGAUCCCCCACAGCAGGACAGCUCUGACGAAGCUAACAGUGUUCAGGAAGAGAUUGUUUGUGUCAAGGCUACAGAGGAGGAAGAAAUCUCCUAUAUGACCAACAGUUAUCCAGCUCAAACCCUGGAGCAGUUGCCCAUAGGGAUGGUAGAAGUUGUGGAGGAGACCCACACCUUGGAAGUCCAAGAGAAUAAUCAUCUUGAGUCAUCCGACAACCAUUCCACAGAGGAGGUCAUUUUGUUGACUACGGAGCCAGAUAGUGAAGUCACAUUGAAAAGUCAUGAGAGGGAAGUGUAUGACUCUGCAGCUGAUGCUAACCUGACUGUGAACCAGGACAAAGAGCUUGAGCUAUCUCUGCACACUCACUCAGACUGAACAAUGGACAGUGGCAUAGCUCUGCCAAAGACACCUUUACUCUGCCUUUCAGAUUCCUGUUCUCCUAGGUCUUUACCAAAAGCUCUCUAACCUCCACAACUGUGCAGCAUAGGGUGUGGGCAGUGCUAGUUUACAGAGGUUUGGCUUUUGUGUUUGUCAUUUUAAAACAGGGCUGUUCGACCCCAUUCCUUGAGAGCUACCUCCCUGUAGGUUUUCACUUCAUCCCCAGUUGUAACAAACAUGAUUCUGCUUCGCAGCCAGCUAAUUAUCCUAACACGAUGUACUGGAUUAGGGUUGGAAUGGCAACCUACAGCUCUCCAGGAUCUACUGCCUCAACUAUUGAAACAACUGAGGAAGUGAGUCAAUUCAACACUACAGGUUGUUGUGCCUAAACAUGUAACCCAUAUCCUGGUCAAUGAUUCAUCGGGAAAGUGCCUGAAACUUGACGUUGGCAUCUAGGAACCUGGUGCAUGAUUAAGUACUGUGUUUGUGGAGUUUCAGAUGGAAGAUACACUCCUGAAUGUUCCACUCAUAGUUA